AUGGACGGUGAUAAUCAUGGUUACAUACCAGAUGAUGUUGAUUUCGAUGGGUUAUUGAGUAAUGGCUCAGUUUGGCCAAGUGCAGACCAAUAUGCAUACCAACAACAACAAUCUCAAUCCCAACAGCCUCAACAACAGCCUCAACAGCAGCAUAUACAAUCAGAUCCAUAUGGAAGAUAUUCGAAUAUCCAGCCUUCUUAUGGACAGUAUGAUAUUUCUCAUCAAUCUCAUCAGCAACCCACGUAUAAUCCUCUAUCAUAUACGAAUAGUCCUGCAUAUGCUGCUGCGCAGUACCAACAUGCCAGACCAUCAGACAUGUUCACUCCUACCUCUUACGCUCUCGAUCCUUCAAUGCAAGAAUCAAGUUCAUACCAUGGUGCUCAAAGUUCUUUCCCGUAUCAGCAAAAUACCACUCAACAUCCCACAAUUUCUCCUCAAACACUUCAAUACAGUUUGUUGGCUCAACAGCAAAUGAACAGUGGGAUUCCAUCGGCCGCUUUUCAACGAUCAAAUAGUGGAAUUGGUAGUAAACCUAAUUAUAACUAUGGCCAAAGGACACAAAGUAAUGAUAAUCAAUUCUUUAACCAACCUCAAAAUGGUAUUGUACCACAAAAGAUGGACCAGAAUUCAUCCAACAACACCGUGCGGUAUCCUUCGAUUCCUACAGAUCUUGUUCCAAAGGAGGAGGUAAAGCAACAUGUUCCAAUUACAGAACAAUAUUCUGCACCUGCUAUUGCUGUCCCUCGUCAAAGAGAGAUUCCCGAACCUCAACCCAUUGCUCCGGCUCCAAACCCACUCCGAGUCACUCAUCCAGAUCUUGUUGCGAACAACCCUUCCUCAAGACCUAGAUUUUCAUAUGCUCCAUUUUUAGCAUGGGAAGAUACGCCUAUACAAGUUCCUCCUGCACUAAAGAAUACCAUUCCAAAGUAUCAUCCGAGAAAAUCCAGAAGUGGAAAAGAACUAGUACCCGGACUGAAUAAAUCAAAAAUUUCAACAACACCAGCAAAAAUUUCACAGAAAAUUCGCGCGCCAAAACAGAAGAAAACACAUGUUAGCACUUAUAAAGGCACUGGUAGAUCUGCUUUUGAUAAGGAUUCUAAUGUACGUUCUGAUGGUACAAACACGCCAACUAAGUCUUCAACACCCACGGAAUCAAGCACUUCAGAAGAAGAAACAAGUUCGGAAGAAGAGUCUGAUUAUGAAGAUGAUGAGGAAGAAGAUAUGCCACCUCCAAUAGAUAUCAGCACUGUGCGUGAACUCACGCGUCCCAGUGAUAUUCCUAGUGCUGCCCGAUGGGAUGCCAUAGGAAUUGUCUGGAAAGAUCCCAAUUCUAGUCCAAGUGCCGCUGCUAUUACAAGUGCUAUGAACGAUUAUGCCAAUACUUUCAUUGGUCUUCGAACUCAAAUCAAGGAUAUCACGGCAAAAUUACAAGAAGCAACAACAUCUAAAGCUCCCGAGGGACAAUUACAAAAACUCAAGUCACACCGUUCCGAACUAUCAGAAGCUCUGUACCAAACAAUCGAGGCAGCGAACAAGCUCGGCUAUGGACCAAUUGUGGAAAAUCUUGGUGGUCACCAGAAAUUAGUUAGUGGUUUGACAGCCACACUCAUCGAAUGUACAAAAACAGAAGAUUACAUUGGUAAACUUCCACGAGCUGUUUUUACUUUGCUUGCCAAAUUUCAAACACUCACAGAAGAUUUGCUUACGAAGAGUAAAUUUGAUGCUCUUGCAAAGCGUUGGAAUAAGAAAGGAGAUCAAGAAAUUAAAAAUUACAUUAAAGUUAUAAUGGAUAACACAGUUGAUGCAAAGGGAAGAGCUUCUAAAAUAGAUCAGACAUUGCCUAGCGCUGAAGACACCAAGAAGAAGCUUGAAAAGAUAGAACAAAUUAAAUCUCGAGCUACAGAAUCCUUGAAGCCCACAGCAACUAAUCCAAACUCAUCAAAAAGACCUCAUGAAGGGGAUAGCAGUAAUGGCAAACCAAAUAAGAAGUUUGCUACUGAUAUUUCUGGCACUCCUACCUCGACAACGAAAUUGCCUCCGAUACCUAAGAGGUCCAAUGUCAACCUUCUUGGUAUUUCUUCCUCCAAGUCAACUCCUAAGCCUGCUCCAAAGGUUGCGCCACCCAAGAAGAAAGAACCAUCACCACCUCCACCGCCACCAAUGUCAUCCAGGUUAGGUGAUAUCCUGGCCAGCAUCGAGAAACCACCUGAGGCACCAAAGAAGGCUUCGCCGGCGGCUGGACCUCCCGAAACUCCUGAAGAAAAGAAGCGUCGUGAGCGAAAAGAAAGCAGACGACAUCUCAGAGUCAAAUUCAAGCCAGAUGAUGAACUUGAGCAAAUUCGUUUAUUCAAACAUGAGGUUGCAGAAGAUGAGGGACGUCAAGAUGGUAUGUUGAGAGAUGCACGUAAUAAUCAUUCUGAGGGUAUGAUGCAUAAGCAACGAGUUCAAGCUACAGAUGAGGACGAUGAUGAAGUCAUGUCUGGUAUGAUUGAGGAUCGACCUUAUCCUACUCUGGUUGAAGUCGAUCUUUCCGAUCUGGAUAAGCAUACUACAUAUGGUCCAAGUUAUAUUACCAGAGGUGGAAAUGUCAAGUUUGUUACUCCGGAACAGCAAGAACAAGAGCGACGAGAGGCCAAUGAGUUACUCGUAAUCUAUAAUGAUCCUUCAGAAAUUCCACCAUCUGCAAAAGAACCAUCUUCUGCAAAUGAUGCCGCUACUGGUAUGGUAAAACAACUGAAGUAUCCAAAUGCUCCUUGGUUGAUCCAAAGACUUCAAGAUAUUCAUCAGUAUGGUCCAGAAUAUGCACGAACCCUUGCGAUCAGUCGUUUGGAAGAAAGAAAGUACAAAGAAAUGCUAGAUAACCAAGCUCGCGGUUUCACACAAAAUGCUUCAUCUUCAACUAAUGGUAUGCCUGCAUUACAACAACUUGCUGGAGCACCAAAAUCCAACCCCAUUAUGGACGUAGCAUGGGAGAAUCUUCAACGUGUUGCCGCAACUUUGAAGGGCAAACCAUAUCCAGCUAUCGAACCACCUGAGUGGAUGAACGAAGCACAAAAGAAGGAUUGGUGGGAUGGUUAUAAUAAGGAUCAUCCUAAUGCUGCAGAAGAGAGACUUCUUGCACAAAUGCAAGCUCCUCAAGCUCCACCCGCUCCUUCAAUGGUACCUCCAAUGUCAGUCCCUCAAAUGCAGGGUUAUCAACCACAAAUGACUCAGCCGGUUAUGAAUUAUCAAGUCGCGGUCCCAGACGUCAAUCAACAAGUCCAACAAUACCUAGCGAGCUUGACUGGAAAUAACAACCCAAGUACCGAUACCCCAACAUCAUCAUCAACACCCCAACAAUUCGAUUUCAGUGCCUGGUCCAAUAAUCCUGCUCUUCAAGGCUAUGCACCUUCCCUUCCUACCGAUUCCUCAUCAAGGUGGCCCGGUCAUCAAAGUGAUGAAAAUCGAGAUUCGAGAGGAGGUAAAAAUAAUUACAACAAUGACAAAUGGCGUAAGCAGGGAAAGGAUUGGAAGAAAGAUACCAAAUGGGAACCGCUAGAUGAAAAUGGACAGUACAAGGGAAAGAAACAACCGUGUAAAUUUUGGGGAGAGGGAAAGUGUGCAAAGGGCGCGGCGUGUACUUAUAGUCAUGAACCGGAGGAUCAAGGGAGAGAUCGUUAUUGA